AUGACAUCGCCUCAUUUUGGAUGCGGUAAUGCUGCUGAGUAUUACCCACCAACUGGUUGCAGCACAGGUGGGAUAUGCAAGGUCAGAAGACCGCCACUCAGACAGCUCUUUGCCAUCACAGCAGCUUCCCUAGACGCUCCAGCUUUCUUCCCCUGGCCGGCCCCGGGCUCAAUCUGGCGGUGUAACGCCCAUAGUGCCAAGAUUAAUACUGGGGGAUCCGUGGUGUUAUUCGACGACGAAGAUCUGGAGAGCGACCAGGUUUGUGCGAAGGUGAAAUGCGGUGGGCGACUAGGAUCUGUCAAUGUGAUUGUAUGGGGCCGCGAGCCUGAUAGAGUUUAG